CAGUAUCAAACAGCACGGCCAUCAAACUUUUCGGUGGCCAUAAAAUAGAGAAAAAUCAAAUCCAUAUGAUAGAUUUUCGCCUUUAGACAAAAAAAUAAACACAAAAUUUCAAAAAAUCAUAAUUUAUAUAUUUAUUCUGUCAGCAUAAUACAAUAUUUAUAUGGUUAUUUAUUUCUAACAAAAUAUCUAGUUUGUAGGGCUGGAUCAAAGUCGUGAUAAAUGUUGACAUUCAAUAUGGCGGUAUGUCGUCAGUGCUAUGCUGUGUCGUGCUUGUGAAUAUCGAGUUAAACACGUAUAGAUAGCAACAGAGAUAUACGAUAUCUACCUCCAUCCAAGCUAAUGCACCACGGGCUCCAACUCAGCAAGCAUUGAAGACAUCUGAGGAUUUAGCAUAACAUAAUCAUAAGUAGUUUUAUUUUGCAACAUUAGUGGUUUUGGUGUAUAAAUUGUGACUUUUGCGUUAUAGACUCCAUAGUGUUCUUAUGAACACAAAAGACUAAAAGAAAAUGUGAUUUGAUGUAAAAAUUUGUAACCUCUACUGAAAACUUAACAUCACACAAUACUCUGUGAUAUAUUGGUACCCUAGGUACUGAGAUUUUCGACCUAUAUACAAGGAAGCUACUAUCGACCAAGAAUGUCCAGCAAUCCUCAGUGGAAAAUGUUCCAGCCGCCAGAUUCACACUCCUCGCCCCUACAAGAUAUUUUAGAUCUCCAGCAUUCUAACAUGCAGCCUAAAACAACAUACCGUAAUGGUGAGUAUCCAAGUUCACCAAGAGAUAAUUACAACAUCAGUCAACCUAAGUCGGGUAGCGGGAAUCGCUUCUCUCUUGGUUACAACAUAGACGGCUGCCCGAUGGGAGACUCGGUUUAUUCUUCUGGCUCCACUAACAAUUCUUCAUCUCAGCAGUACGAUUCAACGAAUCACCCACCUAUUAGAGAGACAGGCAUAAUUGAGAAACUUCUUCAUUCAUAUGGGUUCAUCCAAUGCUGUGAAAGACAGGCUCGCCUGUUCUUCCACUUUAGCCAAUUUAGUGGCAAUACGGAACAUCUUAAGAUAGGAGACCCUGUUGAGUUCGAGAUGACAUAUGAUCGUCGCACUGGGAAACCGAUUGCGUCUACGGUUACCAAGAUUGCACCGGAAGUGGUGCUGAGUGAAGCACGAGUGACUGGUACAGUAACAACUGAAGUUAAGGGGGAGGGCUCUGGGGAUAAUACGGGAAGAAUUUCUUAUGAGAAUCGCGGUGAAUGUUUCUUUUUACCAUAUACUAAAGACGAUGUUGAGGGCAAUGUCACCUUGCACACGGGAGACGCUGUUAGUUUCCAGAUAGCAACGAAUCAGCGAGGUACAUUGGGAGCUUGCCAUGUUCGUUUCGAAAAUCCUGUGCACCCGGUCAAGUAUCACGGUGUGGUUUGUUCAAUGAAAGAAAACUUUGGAUUUAUCGAGCGUGCGGAUGUAGUAAAGGAAAUAUUCUUUCAUUACUCUGAAGCUAAAACUAAAGAAGAACUGGUUUUGGGAGACGAUGUCGAGUUCAUCAUUCAGACUAGAAACGGGAAGGAAGUGGCUUGUCACAUUACGAAGUUGCCAAGUGGUUCCGUCGUGUUUGAGGAUGUCAGCCCGGAAAUUAUGCGCGGGCAAGUGUUGAAGCCUUUGGAACGUGGGAAUAUGGUCCGUGUGCCUCAGAACGACCCGCUGCCAGGGCGAAUCAGAUAUCGCGCUGCUGACCACUCUGAAGUCGAGGUGCCUUUUGGCGACAAGGACCAAUGCGGCGAGUUCACACUACGUCAUGGCGACUGGGUUCAGUUCCAAGUUGCCACAGACCGCAGGGAUCAGCUAAAGCGUGCCACAAACAUCUCGUUGCUAGACGAGUCAUUCAAUGUCUCUGGUGAACGGCGGGAGCAAGGGGUCGUAUGCUCUUUGAGGGACGGUUUCGGUUUUAUCCGCUGUGUUGAAAGGGAACAAACAAUGUUUUUCCAUUUUGCUGAAGUACUUCGUUUGGGUCAAGAACUUAGUGUAGGUGAUGAGGUGGAGUUUACCGUGGACCCGGUGAGCACGUUCUCCAACAUGAGCCACCGGCAGUCGGGGAUCCGCAUCAAGCACUUGGUCCCCGGCACGGUGAAGUUCGAGACGCUGAUAGAGCACGGAGCCCGCGGCGUCGUCUCCAAGGAAGCCCAGAUGUUCUCGUCCUCAUCUAGCCCCACCAGGCCCCCGCCAGCCGAUUUAAAUGGUCUGAUUAGUUGGCAAGUAAACCAACAAACAAAGAAAUCUCUCCCAUUCUCUUCCAAAAAAUGUGAAUCUAAGAUGCUUCCUCGUGUUGGAGACAUUGUCACUUUCGACGUGUAUCAGGUGAAGCGGACAAAGGAGUUGGUAGCUAAGUCGGUGCAAGUGCAGCAUAGUCUGACCAACGGCAACAGCAGCAACGGCGCCGGUAGCCGGCCCCUCAUGAAAGGGUUCAUCGCUGCUCUCAAGGACGGUUUCGGGUUCAUCGAAACUUCAGACCACACCAAAGAAGUGUUUUUCCAUUUUAGUAAUUUGGAAGGCAACCCGGACGGGUUGGAGUUGGGCUGCGAGGUGGAGUACACGCUGGGCCGGGUGAGCGGGUCGGGCGGCGGGUGCGCGAGCGCGGAGUACGUGCGGGUGUUGCCGCGCGGCUCCGUGCCCAUCGCCAAGCCGCUCGAGCCCACUCUCAAUGGAACUGUCACCAGGACGCUGCGGGCCCUCAACCCCGAUCAAGCUCAUUACUCGGGUCUGAUACAAGUGGAAGGUGGCACAUCAUACGAGUUUGGUAUAAUGGGUCUGGCGUGCAAGCGUGAAAUACUUCAAGUUGGAGACCCAGUCACGUUCCAGGCCGACGUGGAAGGCCGAGCCACCAAUAUUGUGCCAAUUAGGAAGAAGAGGCGUGCCACUGUUGAUGCUAUUAAAGGUGGUUUUGGUUUCCUGUCACUGGAAGUUGAAGACAAUCGCCGAUUAUUUUUCCAUAUGUCUGAGGUUCGGGGCAACCCCGCCGACCUACAACCCGGCGAUGUGGUGGAGUUUGUGAUGUUGACCAAUCCUAGGAAUGGCAAGUCGUCCGCUUGUAAUGUUGUAAAAAUUGGUGGUAAGAGUUUCACGGGUGGCAAGGCUCGCGUGGCGGAGCGUCCGGAGCGGCUGCUGGCACGGCUGCGCACGGCGUCGCUGGAGGAGGCCAACGGGCCGCGGGUGGUCGCACUGCGCGCCCCGCGCGGACCCGACGGCACCCGCGGCUUCCGCCCGCGCCGCACCGUCGCAGAACAACUGGCUGAGUAUUUUUGAAACAUCAGCACCACGGCCUCAACCAUGUAGGUAAAACAUCUAAUGGUUUGAUUUUCCACUUCAAAUUAUUUCAUUGUAUUCAUGAGAGACUGACUUAUCCCCUUUUCUUUAGCAGCAUUUAGGAAAUUGUUUUGUUAUUUUUACUAAUUCUAAGUGAAAACUUUAAAUUAUUGUCAGCUGUCAUUAAUACAGAUCGAUUGAUUAAACGUAAACAUGUAUAACAUCAAUAAGCAAGGUACAUAUCAAUUAAUCAAACCAAUUUGCGUUGCUUAUAUACAGUUGAUUUAUAUACAGUUGAUUUAUGUAAGAGGUUCUUUUUCGCAUAGAGACGUUGUUCAAAAUUCCGUUAGUACCAUUCCUUGGCCUACGUAAAUGUUAUGGUUUGCCAAGUUCAUUAUGUAAUGUCUGCGUUGUCGCGACACAUGGCACAUGAAGUGACGUGAGCACGAACAGCUGAGCAUCUGUCUUCAACCUGUUCGCUGUAUUGGGAUUGGCAUUCGAAAACAAUGUAAAUAUUUUAUAGAAGCUAGGUAUAAUGUGUAUAAAAUGCUCAUAAUCAAACAACCCAGCUGGUGUGCGUAUCUACUGUCAAUCGAGUUUCGAGGAUAUUAUAUUGAUAUGUUCAUUUAUUGUCUGUCAAAUGGAAAUAGAUUUUUCGUGGAGGCUUAGUGUGUCUAAGUAUCUGUGUAAGUAAGGUGCGUGAUUAACUAAUGUAACAAAUUGAUGGACAUUUGAUACACGUUGUUGCGGUUGUUGUUACGUUUAGUAGAUCUCUUUAUGCGAAACAUACUGUGAUCAAUGAAAAUUUGUUGUGCAAUAAAAAGAUAAGAUGUUGUCCUGAUAGGGCAGUGCUAGUCUCUUAGUAUUAUGCGAUCCCCGUUUCUCAUUCGCGCGCUCUUCAUUUGAUAUGUGUCGUUGUACAUUGUUCUCUUGUGAUGAUGGCUAACCUUUAUUAACGAACAAAAUAUUCAUUGUUAAUCGGAAAAGCAUUUAUGCAAAGAACUGGAAUGGAACCAAAGACUGAAUUAAAAUAUUUAUAACAGUAAUACUUAUUGGUAUUAGAUUAUUUUGAUUGGCUGAAUGAUGUGGACCUUCAUGGCAUUCAUUGUGGCCAUAGAUUUGUAACAAAUUGAUGUUUUCUGGAGAAAUAGUAUUUGAUUUGAAAUUUAAGUUUAAAUGAUCUACGAAAUCAAAUUUAUCUCAAACUUUUUUGUUAUUUAACUGCAUUCUAUUUUCAAUAUAUGAUGUAAAAUAUUAACUUAGGUAAGUUCAAACCAUAAUUAGCUUACGUGACGUCUCGAAUGUGACGUAGCAGGUCUAGUUUCAUAUUAUAUUUUUUUUUUGUAAUUAAUCUGAGUAAAAUUAGGAAAUGUAUUUAAAAAUAACUGUUACGUUACUAUGAAUUGCCUAAAUUUGACGUAAUUAGUGCAUUGUAUAUUGAUUAUGAUUGCGGCUACGCACUUUGAUUAUACCGAACUUAUUAUGUAGACAAAUACUCAUUGUGACACAUCAAAUUCAAGUAAAUAUUGUGCAUUGGAGUUCCAAAGGCGGGUAAUACUGUGAUUAAUGAUAGGGAUCUCAUUGGAUCUUUAUGAAUUUAGUGCCGAUUUUUGAAUGACUUUGUAUUGUGAUGGAUUUUCUAUGGAAAAAUUGUCAAAAUAUCAAAAUUAUUCCUCUCAAAUAAUCUGAUGAUGAAAAAUCGGCCCUUAGUUUAUUUAUGUUGCCAUUACAUUGUCGUGUAAUAAAAUUGUUAUUCGUUAUAAAAAAAAAUGUUCUUAUUAUAAGGAGGGCAGUGUUUGCUUAGCGCAUUGUUGUUGUUGCUACCAACUUUAACGCUUGUUGAUGCGUCUCCGUGAAUACCAGCUAUGUAUCUUACCUGGACCUAUGUAAUGCUAAAUAUUUUUAUUUUGUGUUAGCGACUUUCCCGAAUUACAAAUCACUUGUACUUCGAUAUAAACUCUUAGUUCUGCGUUAUUUGUAGACGUAGUCUUGUUAGUUACACUUUUGUUCCUAUUAUACUUAUUUCAUUUUAUGUCACCCGUUAUUUUCUUAAUAAAAUAGCUUUCCAUUUGUAUAAGUGUACGUUAAAACAAAUCCACUGUCAUCCCUAUCAUUUAUAGUUUCGUCGGCGACAGUUAUAGGCAGUUACACCGCAGACCUGACUUCCAGCCGACGACCUAGACAUUAGUUGAUGUAUAUUCUGUUAUUAGUAGUCACAGAACUGGGUCGUGACAGUUGUACAGAAUAUAUUACAACUUGUGAUCAUUGCGGGCGUCGCGUUGCAAGCUUUGUGUUUCUCUUAUUUGUUCUGAAUGCCCAAGCACACUAUUCUUUUGUUGUUUCCUUCAUAUCGAUGCGCACCUAUCUGUUGCAAACUGAGCUAUUAACAAUAUCGCCGGACUCAACGCACAGAACCAAAAAACUAUAGUACAUAAUUGUACCUCGUGAUUAUUGUUAGAUAUAAUGGUUGUAAACACCAUGUCUCCCUUAUGGACUUAUGACCCUGUGAUAGCUGUAACUAUCAACUAAAUAUAAAAUAGUGAUUUAAAAUUUUUGAGAUGCCUUAAAUUGAAUAUUCGAGCCUUUUUUGUCUUUGAAUUAAGGUAUAAUUUUUGUUAUUGUUAAAUUACCUUAAAAUGAAGUAUCACUUUACAUCUAAUUGCACAAAUAGACAGCAGUUGAAAUAUGUAUCACAUUAGACUAGCGAUAUUGAAUCUGAUGCCUGCGUGGCCUGUUAUGUUUUCUGAAUGGCUCGCCAAAAUAUUCAAUCGGGUCUGAACAUGGUAAGUUAGCAUAAAUAAAUCGCGGGACGUCCCCUCUGGCAGGGGCUACGUUGACCUUACCUUUGGAAUGACCGGCGUGUAGUCUACGGCCAGAGUAACGUUACCAGUUACCUUCACGUGUGCGGCUUAAUUAACUAACAGGUUGAGUAUCGCUACACUUGCUUUAGUACUAACAACCACCUUGUGCUAAAUCAACUGGUUCAAAGAUAUGUAAAUUAUUGUUUCGAAUGUGUUCAACAAAUAGUAUAUAAAUAAGGGUCGAUUUUUCAGCCAUCAAAAAAUUAUCAUAGAAAUAAAUUCAGUUGUCAAAUUGUUAAAAUUAUUCCUAUGAUAUUGUACAUCUUACAAUAGAAAAAUAGGCCCUUAUUGGUCUUCAUUAAGUGAUUUCGUUGGGCGAUAAGAAACGUUCUUAGAUUUGAUAUAGGCAGAUAUUAAUCUAAUUGACGGAAUAAAAUAAGUCUUCAAAUUAAAUAGUCUGAAGAUUAGAGUAUGUAAGAUUUCCUUUCAAAGUGAUGACUUUGGCUGUGAAUUUAAUGCGACUUUGUUAUGUGUGUAUAUUUAAAAUAAUUCUCAGCGCAAUAACUAGGGGUUGUUUGUGACUUAUACGGUCGUCUGUUUGUGACCCGCUGCGUCGGGCUGUGUCGUAAGUGUAGUGCUGGCGUGGCCACUCGCCGACAAGUCAAUUAACAAUUCUAAUUUUAUAUCACAGUGCGUCGUUUCAGAGUUUUAUUUUGUAUUUCUAUUGUACAGUAGCUUCAAACGAGAUUCAAGUACGAUCGUGAGUCUUCCAUCUGCCGUUAAUAAUGUCCUGUGUGUUUUGUAUGUAGCAUUUCUGUUCUUGAUUAGUUGUCACCAUGUUCAUACGUAUCAUCAUGUUUGUGUCACAUUAUGUGUUCGGUUAACAUUAUAGGUGUUUAGGUAUCUACCGUCAAAUCUAUGAACGACUUAGUUUUAUCGUACCAAAAAUCAGCAUUUCUAAUUUGUUGUCUCUACUCUACGAACUAGUGGACUGACAAUUGAUUAAGCAAUAAAUAAUGUGUUCACAUGUAUUUUUACGAAAGGCAAUCAGCUUUCGUUGGCAUAGUACACAUUUAUAUUAGAGUUUACAUUUACGGUUUGAUGUUCACAGCAUACUAGUCUACAAGGUGUAAAGAGGCUGCUGCGGACCGUUCUAUUAUUAAAUCGUAUAGUUUUGUUGAUGAGUAUUUCAUGCAUGAUUUGAGAAAAAAAUAAAUUGUUGUUAAUAAUUUUUCUAUGAUGAAAUUUUUAUGCAGGCAGCACUUAAAAAUUUAUAACUAAAUUAGAAUAAGGUAACGCGGUAAAACAAAUCAUUUUUUGUUUCGUAGCACUCGCGGGCAGGGCUUUACACCUUGUAUACGUGUCAUAUUGUUCAAAUAUGUUAAUGAGUAAAAUAUCUUUGGUGUUUAGUAUAAUCUUCCUAGUAUCGGAUAUGAUAGGCAUAAUAUUGUCAAAGACAAUUUGACAUCUCUAAAGUUCAAUACAAAAUCACAAAGUUAAUAGUUGUAUUUAUAAAUAAGUAUAUGUCUAGUGAAGUAAUAGUUUAGAACUCAGUUCUAGGUGAGAGCAAUAAAUAAUCAGGUAUGUUACAUCUAAACGUUACUAUAUUAAUACGGUGUCAGCAGUAAGUUUGGUACGUAGUGUUACACGACGGCGGCCCUGCGGAGAGGUCGCUGUUGGACGCGCGACUCCACGGUGUCAAAUUGUCGCUUCACCAACUAAUUAAGUACUCAUUAAGUGCUUACGUUUUUCUUAAUAUGUAAUCCCAAAGAAAUAAUAGGAAUUUUGAACAAACGUUAUAUGCUUUACGCUUAAACACUACAGUUUUUGUUAUGCUGUAACAUAAUAUGUAUGCCCAUGUAACCAAUAUAAUAGAAAUAGUGAAAGCUAUGUAUGAAAUAAUCAAAAUACUUGAUGUUGUAGUGUAUGAACUUAAGCCCCGGAUCAUUUCGGGUAUAGGUAUUAUAAACUAGUCUUAAACAUGUACGCCCGGGCGCCUGUCACGAGCAGAUGUAUUUUUAAGCUAAACUGCUAACAAAUGAACUAUGUGAGAUCUGAUAAGGAAACUAAGGUAUUACUCCUUUACACUCGAAAGUUUCAGUGUAGCUACGAAUUUGGCGAACCAGUAAAAUAUAUUCAGUGCCUAAAAGAACCUCUGGGAGAUGCGAAAAAAAAACAAACAAAUGUGAAAUUAUUUAAGCAUUUCUGAAAUUACAAACUGAUUAAUCAUAAGGGUUUAUUUUUAUUUAAUUCUUCUAAUGUAUACUUUAGACAAGUUAUCUUUGCCAAAUGUUUAUACAGCCCUGUACAUUUUUGGAAUUGUGAUUAAACCAAUGUACACCACCUU